AAUAUUUGAAAACUCACAAGUCACAUACAACCAUGGAACCUAUGGUCACCAUAUUUAAAUAUAAAGGAAAUGAUGUGGAGACUUACGUGAGCAAUUCUCCCCACACCACCCUCCACAGACUGGAAUUAAUGUCUACAGAGAAAGACACGUCCAUCAAAAUCUACAUGACGAAACAUCCAAAGCCUGGACAGUUGUAUCCAGAACUUCCAAAUGACCCUAGAAUCAACAUUAUUGGUAUUGGGCAUACAACAGUGACAGUAGCCUGGCAGCCUAGCCCUUCUGCCUUGCAGUAUAAUUCAGACAUCCAGUACUGUCUCCUUAUAAAUGUGAAGCAUAACUACAAGAGCUUAUGUGCUGCUGAGGCUACACUGAGCACCCGAGUGAGAAUGAAUGAUAAUAAAGCAUUAUCACUGUUUAUUACCACAGAUCUCCUGAAACAGUCAGAGUUAAUACUUCAUUCAAAAGUUAACAACAGAAUGACAUCACAUGCCAUCCACAAAGAAAGUAGCUGGGAUGUUAGACAUAUAUGUAUUGGCACAAACACCAUAUAUACUAUACACAGCCUUCUUCCAAAUACCCAGUAUUACAUUGAUGUAUUUGCUAUCAAUCUCCUUACCAAUGCUAGUGCUGCCUACACCGGAACUUUUUCUAAAACGCUGGAAGAGCCUAUUCCUUCUGCAAAGCCACUUAAAGAUGGAGAAGUAGCCUUAGUGAACAUUAGUGGAAAAGGGUAUCAACUAUACAGCUUUCAGUCUCAAGGACCAAACAGGAGAGUUCAAUUUACCAUUCAGGCUUGUGCAGGUGAUGUCUGGGUUCAGAUAACUAGGAAUGGAAGACGCCUUGUGUCAGAAAUGGUUGAAGAUCUUCGGUACUUUACAUUGAAGGGUAAGCCUGCAGACACGUAUAUAGUACACUUACAAUCCAUGGGGACAUCAAGGGCUUCAACAAAAGUGCAUGUCACUUCACACUUUUAUCGCCCUCUCUUCCCUAUUCUUCCAGAAAGCCUCAAAAUCAAAUCUUUCAACAAGCUGAGAACAUGUGAUUCUAUCACCAUUGCUUGGCUAGGAACACAAGAGAGGGCCAAAUACUGUGUUUACAGAAAAAGACUUGAAAAAGGCCAUGCAACAAAAGAAAUAAUGAAUAAGGAUAUAUGCUCUGAGCCAGAAGCCAGGAAGAAGUCAGAAAAAGUAAGAUGCAAAACUUUUCACAAUCUAAACUUGCAACGAGCUGUGACAACAGAAACCAUUCGAGGACUGGAGAGUGGAACUCCAUAUUUAUUUGAUGUUUAUUUAGUUGGACCAACAGGGAUUCCAAUAAAAUAUAAAAGUAAAGUGGUAAGCACUAGAAAGGAAUGUUGAAAUCUCUCCUGGCUCUUUAAGGCAGCUAUAUAAUCAACUUGAUGGAAAUAAGCUAUAGUGGACCCAAGAUACUUAUAUCCAAUAUUAGCAUGUGAUAUGUUGCUAUAAAAAUAUUGAAGGUAAUGUCCUGUAUUUAAAUUAACAUUCAGUUCUGAUCAAAGACUGUGAAAUUAUUAGCACAAAAGCUGAACAAAAGGCUGAAUAUUACAAGUUUUGUUUCCAUUACUUUACUAUAUUGUGAUACAAACUAUCUUUAACAGCCUACAGUAGAUACUUUGUUUAUAGAACACUGUGAUUCUUUCAGAAUUUAGCCAACAUUAAGUGUUUAUUAUGUGCCUAAUUCAACUGCAACACAACAUAAAUCUAAAAUUUGCUUUACAAAAGUAUGAC